GUAAUCUUAUUGACUGUUUUGAGAGGUGAGACUGCUUUUCACGCUCAGAUAAAAAGGGACAUACAAUACACAGGAGCUCGUAGUUGAAGACAUCGUUGGUGAUUAGUUAUAAAUAUUGGUUGGCUGGUCCAAAACUAUUUUGUGGUAUAAAAAUCUGUGGCAAAGUAGUAGUAGAUAUAAGUUGUAAUUGGAAUAUAGCUAACGUGAAGUUAGCUGUUUAUGCUAACAACGUUAGCUAGCUCCACACGGCUUAGCUAAUUCGUCGAGUCUAGUCGUGUGAUUACAAUAUCAUUUUUAGUAUGAGCUUUUUUUAAUGUAGUUAUUUAAUAUUGAUAUCUAGCCAAUUGAAAACAAUACGACAAGGUUUCACAACAAAUACCACGUCUAACAAUAAAAGAAAGGUAGCUAACUUAACUAACGAUAACGUUAGCCAUAUUUGGCAUUUCUCCGUAUAUUGCGAUAUCGCAACAAAGAAGUUUUUAAGAUCAGCUAGCUAGCUAGGUUACUAGCCGUGUCCAAGUAAACAACGACGUUCUCCUUAAAACGUUAGCAAAAUAAUCUAGUGGUCAAUUUUACCAUGGCGCAACAUGCCCCUUCUCACGUAGCAAGCUCUCAAAAAGCAUUAAUGCUAGAAAUGAAGAGUCUUCAAGAAGAGCCAGUCGAGGGCUUCAAAAUAACAUUGGUGGACGAGGCAGAUCUCUACAAUUGGGAAGUGGCCAUUUUUGGACCCCCUAACACUCACUAUGAAGGGGGAUAUUUCAAGGCUCGUAUCAAGUUCCCUAUUGACUACCCAUAUUCACCACCUGCUUUCCGUUUCCUCACCAAGAUGUGGCACCCCAACAUAUAUGAGAAUGGGGAUGUGUGUAUAUCCAUUUUGCACCCUCCAGUUGAUGACCCUCAGAGUGGGGAGCUUCCCUCUGAAAGGUGGAAUCCUACCCAGAAUGUCAGGACCAUUCUUCUGAGUGUGAUAUCUCUGCUGAAUGAGCCCAACACCUUCUCCCCAGCAAACGUAGAUGCCUCUGUCAUGUACCGCAAAUGGAGGGACAGCAAGGGCAAGGACAGAGAGUAUGCUGAGAUCAUCAGGAAGCAGGUAUUAGCCACUAAGGCUGAGGCCGAGCGUGAUGGGGUGAAGGUUCCUACCACGUUGGCCGAAUAUUGUGUCCGCACGCGUGCCCCACCCCCUGACGAGGGCUCUGACCUCUUCUAUGAUGAUUACUAUGACGACGAGGAUCUUGAAGAUGAGGAUGAGGACGACUGUUGCUAUGACGAAGACGACUCUGGGACGGAGGAGUCGUGACGCGUCCCAGCUGGGAACAUGGACGGCUGGCGCAUGAGCUCCCUGGCCACUCCUCCUGUAGGAGAAACUGUUUUGGAAGGACUACGUCACAUUUUAAACCUCUCACUUUUUCUAUCCACAGAUGGCAAGUGGUUUUUCCUCUCAGUCCCUGGGUUUCUUCUCAGAAUCCAAGCACACUUAGGCUGGGCCUGAGUGCUCCGUUUUCUACCAGUGCAAAGGCUGCACCUGUAGGUUUUCUUUUUGUUUUGUUAAGAAGACAUUGAUUAUAAUAAAGCGAUUAAUGUGACAUGUUACCGUUUGUUAAACUGUAUGUAAAAACAGUUGUAUACUUUGCACUGGUGAAAACCCUUGGUAAAUAAGGCCCAUGAGUUUGAUCUCACUCUAAGUUUCCUUUCCUCGAUGUCCUGCCUCGUUCUAGUUCCCUCACACCAAUAGUCAGAGACGCCAUUGACUGUGCAGGUGACUCAAGACUUGAACACCUGUCAAGGUGUCUGUGAGUGACACCACAGAACUUACAGCAGACCUUGUAUAUCUCCCAAGAUGAUGAUGUCCGUCUGGCUUCUCUCCACACUUACAUUUGUGCAAUGGCAACUUGAUGAGGAUAUUUUUUGUUACAUGGUGUUUCUGCAUGUCAGACAUCUUGGAUGAUUUAUGUUUUUCUUACAGUUGGUCUUGUGUUGUCGUAAUGGCUUUAUUGAAUUUAAAUUAAAAAAAAGACUUGAUCAUGGAAACGCCUCUGACUGGAGGUUGAGCUGUGGGUCUAAUGCAAUUUAAAAACUUUAACAGCAUUUUCAAAAUUUUUUGCUGGAUUUGGCAUAGUCAUCUUAAGAGAGUGGAGUGUGAAUUGUUCUGAAGCGUUCUACAUAAGGCUGCUGCUGUAACCCUUUUUUCUGCAUCUAGACAGAAUCUCCUCUGAGCUUUUUCUCUUCCCAUCACCUCUUUUCUGCAAGGCAGGAUGAAGCAGAAACCAUAACCAUAAGUCUUUGGUGAAGCCCAACUUUACGAAGAAAAUUAUGUUCGCUGUAUGGGUUUAGCAGCUUGAAGAUUUUCUCUGUUUGCUGUUUUUCUUCUCCUUUGAGAAUUGAGCCUGUAGUCUGUUAGAGAAUGCUUUGAAAUGUCCUUGGGUUAUAGGGUCAAUGUUGGAGGGUUUCUGUAAGCAGGUUGUGUUAUCUCUGUUAAUGUUGUGGCAGACUGGCAGUGUCAGUCAGCCUUGGGAAUUAGGAAAUAAAAUGGCCACCACUUUUUACUUAUUUAUUUUGUGUGUACUGGCCGAGGGGGGUGGGUGCUAUCAUAAAUCACCAGACAGAGGUGUGUUUAUGCGUGUGUGUAUCUGCAAUAUUUGUUGUUGCAUUUAUUCUAAUUUGGCUUAAUUGUACCGUAACUCUCAGGACAUUCUAGAAUGAGUAGGAAAAAAACAAAGUGGUCUAGUCUUGCUUACCUGGUAGGCUUCAGAAAUGGUUUACAGUAACAACAUGUACCUUUACUGAUAUGCACAUGUGUGGCUAUAUAGACGAUCACAUUUUCAUUUUAUUUACCUGUAUUUUUAAACUGUUUUUUUGGCCUAUUAAAACUAGAAAUAAAUAUCUUUA